AUCUUGACACCCGUAGCAGAUCAGAAACGUUCCUUGGUCAUGUGACACAGGAGGAGCGCCUUGCUGCGGGCGGAGCCAGGAUCGUGGCAGCGGAGACGAAAGACACUCCGACUCGCUUAAAGUUUGAUCUAGUUAGUUUUACCCUCGAAAACACGCUGGUUUAGUUGGUCUUUCACGUUACAAACCAGCAAGAUGGGAAACCGAGUAGGCCGAGAAGACUACGAGUGGGUUUACACGGACCAGCCGCACGCCGACCGGAGAAAGGAGAUCCUGGCCAAAUACCCAGAAAUCAAGACCUUGAUGGGGCCCGACCGCAGACUGAAAUGGAUAGUCUGCACAAUGGUGGUCAUCCAAUUUUUAGCUUUCUACCUAGUCAAGGACUUGGACUGGAAGUGGGUUUUGUUCUGGACGUAUUCCUUUGGCAGUUGCAUCAACCACUCCAUGACUUUGGCUAUCCAUGAGAUCUCCCACAACACAGCGUUUGGAAACAGCAAAGCUACGUGGAACCGAUACUUCGCCAUGUUUGCCAACUUGCCCAUCGGCCUGCCCUACUCUGCCUCCUUCAAGCGUUAUCACCUGGAUCAUCAUCGCUACCUGGGGGGAGAUGGAGUAGAUGUUGACAUCCCCACCGAGUUUGAAGGGUGGUUCUUUUGCACUCGUUUUCGCAAGCUCAUCUGGAUCAUUCUGCAGCCCCUUUUCUAUGCUGUCAGGCCCCUUUGCAUCAACCCCAAGCCCAUCAGUCAACUGGAAGUGACCAAUUUGGUCUUCCAGGUAGCCUUUAAUAUUCUGCUCUACUGGAUGUGGGGGGCCAAGCCUGUGGUGUAUAUGCUAGCUGGCUCCAUGCUGGGAAUGGGGCUGCACCCCAUCUCUGGCCAUUUCAUAGCAGAGCACUACAUGUUCCUAAAGGGUUAUGAGACUUACUCCUACUAUGGCUCCCUCAAUCUUCUUACUUUCAAUGUGGGCUACCACAACGAGCACCACGACUUCCCCAGCAUCCCGGGCCGGCGGCUCCCCAUGGUCAAGGAAAUAGCAUCAGAGUACUACCAGGACCUGCCCCAGUACACAUCUUGGGUCCAUGUUUUGUAUGACUUCAUCAUGGACGACACUCUCAGCCCGUACUCCCGGGUCAAGAGAAAGCUGAAAGGGGACAUCAAGCAGGAGUGAUGGAUCUCACUGCUCAUCUGCAAGCCGACAGUCUGCUGUGUGUGAACACCGUUUGUGGUGUUGGACUGAGGAGCUCUUGUAACAGAUUAGGAGACUGACUCUACUCACUGUGCUGCCUCUUCCUGCUUUAACACUUUCUCUAUCCAGUAUUACGAUAAAGAUUUCUUUGCCUUACAGCAGCAUCCAUGUUUGCUCAGACAGCUCACCAGAAAUGUCUAAACUUCUGUUUCCAAGGCCCAAGCAUGUUAAGACCAGAUCUCCUCACCUGGACUAAAACAUCCUGCUUUGUUUCAGUUACUGACCCAGGUGGAAGUCACAAAAUGUGUUAAAAGGUCAUUAAAUUAAUUUCACAUUUA